CUAACACAUAAUAAAAUAAUUUUUUACGGUCUCAAAAAAAAAAAAAAAAAAUUACCCAUCUUUGUUUUAUUUUUUUCUUUUGAAGCUCGUAAUAGAUUAUCAGCUUGCAAGCAUAUUACAUUACAUAUAUUGUUAGGAAAGUAAUGCUCGGGCUGAUAUUGGCAAUCAAGCAAUCUCUACUUGUAAAUUUCAGACCAAGUUUAGGCUUUGGAUUUGUAAGCCAUCUACACUCUUCAUGCAUUCCCCUCCAACUCCACGAAUUCAGCUCCACAGCCUCCAUUGCCCCUCUACCAAUCAAGAGAUCCCAUGUUGUCUAUUCGCAUGCGCCCCAGGUGCUCGACGAAAUGUCUCACAGAGCCCAGCAAGAAUCAACUCCAUCGCCGGAUGCGUUCAAGAUUGUCCAACGCGUCAUGGAGCAACCGAGCACCGCAAAUGUCGCAUUGGCGCACGCCUUGGCCGUGAAACAAGGGGCUCUGGCCCAUUUGCGCACCGCCACUUCUCUGCUCACUGUUUAUUCGAGGUGUAAGGAGUUGGCAUCGUCGUCGGCCUUGUUUGCUGAAGUUGUUGGGAGAGAUGUGGCGUUCUGGAACGCUAUGAUGAGCGCGUGCAUAGAUAAUAACUGCUGCGAAGCUGCGGUGGGCGUGUUCAAGAAAAUGGUUGUUGAGGGGAAUGAAUUCGAUGCCAUAAGUCUCGUUGCUUUGGUAUCGGCGUAUUCGAGUUUGAAAGCAGUUGGGAAAAAGGGUCAGGUUGUUCAUGGAUUGAGCAUCAAAGCAGGGAUGCUGGCAUACACUGUCUUGAGCAAUGCCGUGAUUGAUAUGUAUGCCAAGUGUGGCGCUUUGAGCUCGUCGGAGUGUGUGUUUGGGGAGGUGGAAUUCAAGGACCUCGUCACGUGGAACUCGAUUAUCAGUGGCUGUUUUUACAAUAGCCACCCCGAGAGGUCGUUGUGGUAUAUCAAAAACAUGGCUUCUUGUGAGAAUCGGCCUGAUAGUAUUAGUUUCUCCUGUGCCUUGGCAGCGUGUACUAUCCUGCAGGAGCUCGAUUUCGGGCUGGCAGUUCACUGUUGGGCGACCAAGUUGGGAUACGCGGUGAGCAGCCAUGUCUCGGUUUCUAACUCCCUUAUUUCGUUCUAUGCUCAGCUCCGAGAUAUCUCUGCUGCUGAAUGUGUUUUUGGAGAAAUGGUGAUCAAGAAUGUGGUGUCUUGGAAUGCCAUGAUUAAAGGUUUGUUUCUGAAUGAGCAAGCUGUGAGAGCGUUUCGCCUUGUACGUGAUAUGCAGCUAGUGGCAUCGAUUCAGCCUGAUAUGGCUACGGUUGUCACUGUGGUUCCAUACUGUGCUGAACUGAUGCUCCUAGGAGAAGGUAAAGCUGUUCAUGGUUUCAUCAUUAGGAAAGGGAUGGCAUCCGAAACAUCGGUUGUUAAUAGUCUGAUUAAUAUGUAUUCCAAGUGCAGUAAACUUAAGGAAGCUUGGUGUUUAUUCUUGACUAUGCCAAAGAAAGACUUGGUGUCAUGGAACACUAUGAUCUUUGGAUAUGCCCACAACGGGCAAUACUGGGAAGCUCGAGCCCUAUUCAAGAAAAUGCUCGGUUGUUGUUCUACGUUCACCUUGCUAACUCUUUUGGCAGUUCUUCCAUCCUGUGAUUGUCCAGAUUCAGUUCAAUUUGGAAGAUCGAUUCAUGGUUGGAGCAUCAAGAUGGGUUUUUUAAACCAAACAUUUGCUGUGAAUUCCCUCAUGCACAUGUACAUUAGUUGUGGAGCCUUAUCGGAUGUUUCUGCAUUGUUCAGAAGCACCUCUGUUAAGCUCGAUGGUACUAGUUGGAACACGGUGAUUGCUGGCUGCAGUCACAAGGGCCAUUUCCGGGAAGCCUUGAAUUAUUUUGACUUAAUGAGGAGGCGAGCUCAGGCUUACUGCAGCUCUGUAACAUUUGGAAGUGUUGUGUCAGCUUGUGGGAAUCUUGGGUUAGCGAUUGAAGGGAAAGUAGUUCACGGUUUAGCUCUUAAAACGGGGGCAAGUAGCGAUAGACGGGUGCAGAACGCGCUGGUGACGAUGUAUGGCAGAUUAGGUGAUUCGGAGAGUGCUACAUUAGCAUUCAACCUUAGUCACGAUCACAACUUAUGUUCAUGGAAUUGUGUGAUAUCUGCCAUGUCACAAAAUGAAGAUGCCAAGAAAGCUCUAACAUUGUUCCGUUCUCUUGAAUUCGAGCCUAAUGAGAUCACCAUCUCCACUGUUCUCUCCGCUUGUGCCCAGCUAGGAGCCAUGAGUUACGGAAAGCAGAUCCACGGGCACGUUUUCAGGUCAAAUCUCCACAAAAAUCCUUUCAUAUCUGCUGCACUAACAGACAUGUACAGCAAUGGAGGCAGGCUAGACAUGGCCGAGCGAGUUUUCCUGCACUCACCGGAGAAGUCAGUUGCUGCGUGGAACUCUCUGAUAUCUGCUUACGGAUUCCACAACUUGGGCUCAAGGGCAAUCGAGACAUUCAACGACAUGAUCAGGUCAGGGGGCCGUCCAACGAGUGGCUCGUUCACAAGCCUCCUCUCAGCAUGCAGCCAUGCCGGGCAGGUUGAUGAAGGGCUCGCCUACUACGAGUGCAUGAUGAGCAGAUUCAAAGUGGCGCCUGCAGCCGAGCACCAUGUGUGCGUGGUUGAUAUGCUCGGGAGGUCGGGGAGGAUCCGUGAGGCUCGUGAUUUCAUCGAGCAUCUGCCUAGCAGAGGCGAAGCAGCGGGCGUGUGGGGAGCCCUGCUGAGUGCGUGCAGCUAUCAUGGAGAUGUGGAGAUGGGGAGAGAAGUUGCAGAAAUCCUCUUCUCUAUGGAGCCGGAAAAUGGGAGUUACUACGUAGCGUUGUGUAAUAUGUAUGUUGCUGCAGGGAAAUGGGAGGAAGCUGUAGAGUUGAGAAGUGUGAUACAUGAUAAACACCUCAAGAAACAACCUGGUUACAGUUUUAUUGAUAUUGGUUUGAGGUAAA